GAAAGAAUCUCCUCGCAAGUUCUCUGGGGAUAUAUUCUUCUCCAUUAUCUCGGAAUACCUCCUUCUGCGGUUUUACGUUCACGAUGGUCAACUUGAUCUCCAAGGUCGCUAUUGUUGGUGUUGUUUGCUUGGCUGUUCUGUACCAACUGCUUUUGAAGCGCAUCAUUUUUGACCUUCUGGGUGUCCGACGCCAUGUCAUGUCAAUCAAAGAUUUUAAUCAUGUUCAGUGUCAGAGGGUGGAUGAUCUUGGUCUCGAGGCAUGCGAAGAUAUGUGGUUGCAUGAGAAGACAGGCUUCCUGUAUCUUGCUUGCACCAGUGCUCAAAGUCGGGUGGAGUGGAAUCCAGCUAUCGAUCAUCUCAAUGCUUCUGGACGAGGCAUGAAUGAUCGUAUUGCUGUUCUGGAUACUCGGGGCACUGGACCGGUCUCAUCCAGGCUCCAGUGGCUCUCUGCUGAGAACUUCGUUGGCAUCAAUGGCGACGGAACAUUGAAUCUCCUCGGCCUUGAUAUUCUUGCAGACAAAAAUACCGACACGCUUCGCAUCUUGCUCGUCAAUGUCCGUCCUCCCCUUGAUCCCAUCACUGGAGAGCCGCUCGAUGCUUCAGUCGUUGGCGCGAAUUCGACAAUUGAGCAGUUCAUCACCAAAGCUGGAACUUCAACCAUGAAGCACGUGCGAACGUAUGCGAAUCCUGUUAUCAAGACUCCCAAUAACAUAGCUUGGGUCAGUGACCAUGCAUUCGUGUUUACCAAUGACCAUACAGACAAGGUGGGCUGGCGACGUCAAUUGGAACGUGUCCUAGGAGGAGGCUCUGUCGGUUACUGCGAUCGCAAUCGUUGCAACAUCGCAUGGGAUUCUGGGUUCAACUUUCCAAAUGGAUUGGCAAAAGGUCGCGAUGGACUCAUCUAUGUGCCAAACACCCUCGACAGUUUCAUCGAUGUCUUCUCUCUGGGGGAAGAUCACAUGUUAACACCAGUCAACCAGAUCAAAGUUGAUAUGCCACUGGAUAACUUGUCAGUCGAUAAGAAUGGAGAUAUCUUCGCAUCUGGGUUUCCUAAAGUAUUGGGAUUCGUCAGAAGCGGCAAGAAUCCAUUUGGAAGUCACCCUCCCACAACAGUCCUGAGGAUCAGACGGGGCGGGAAAGGAUACGAAGGCAUUAGACGAAAAGGGCAUCUGGAGAAUCAAGAAGCGGACUAUUACGUCGAAAAGAUACUUGAAGACAAUGGGAGCGUCUUGCCUUGUGCAUCAACUGUAGUGCAUGAUGCUGAGACUGGCAAGUUCUUCUUGGGUGGACCGGCAUCUCCAUACAUUGCCAUUUGCGAGACUAGAUGAGGUCCAUACUGUUAUGUAUUUCGACAACUCGCAGCGAACAUUCGAGCCUAUCAAUAGCAAGAUCAAUUGGAC